GCAGCCAAUGGGUAUCAAGAACACGAUAUGACGACAUAAAUUCGAUCCUUUUAUGCGCGAACUUGACAUGCGUUGAGGCGAGAAAACGGCGCGAGUCGAGCUUUGUCAUCAAACCUGGAUAUUUUUGUUUGAAGGCAUUCUUUGACCUGUAGUCUUCUGCAACAAUGGCCUCUCUAAGUGAUAUUCAGGUUAAGGAGCUGGACAAGCGUGCCUCAGGACAAGCUUUUGAGGUCAUCAUUGGGAGUCCUGUUCCAGAUGCUAAGGGUGAGUUCCCUCUCUCCCCUCCAAAGAAGAAGGAUCUUUCCCUGGAGGAGAUCCAGAGAAAACUAGAAGCUGCAGAAGAGAGACGCAAGUCUCAUGAAGCAGAGGUUCUGAAGCACUUAGCAGAGAAGCGUGAGCAUGAAAAGGAGGUGCUUCAGAAAGCUCUAGAAGAAAACAACAAUUUCAGUAAGAUGGCAGAAGAGAAACUGAACCAGAAAAUGGAGGCCAACAAGGAAAACCGUACAGCAAUCAUGGCAGCCAUGAACGAGAAGUUCAAAGAGAAGGACAAGAAGCUGGAAGAGGUUCGAAAGAACAAAGAAACCAAAGAGGUCAACAGUGAAGGAAACUGAAACUUACAAUUAUAGGGGACUCUAUAAUUGUAAGUUGUGUUUUUUUUUUUUUUUUUUUUUUUUUUUUUUUUUCCCACAUGAGAGAAAAAAUAAGGUUUCAUCAUGGUCCAUAUUCAGAAAACAACAACAAAAAAAUGUAGCUUUUGGUUUGUAUAUAGUAGUGGUUUUACAUCUUGAUCAGCUCUCCUUUUACAUAUCUGUGCACUAUUUGGACUGCAGCUUUGUCAUUGUCGUCUGAUAUUAGCUGUCUUCAGAACCUGAUAGGGACUCAUGUAUGAUGUGCUUAAAUCCUUAACUUGACUGUUACUGUCUGCAUUUCUUGAGCUUUUUGCUUUCAUGAGGUUAGAAGCUUGGUUUUUUUUUUGUUACUGUAAGCACAUGGCUGUUCUUUGUACAAGUCUGAGGAUGACUAUUGAGGGGCUUUACAUGUUGACAUCUUUGGCGGUUAUCAUAACUGUUGUAAUAAAUAAAUGACAUGCUAAAACUA